AUGGCAAAGCGCUGCCGCGUGAUCUUGAGCCUGGUGCUGCUCCUCGCCGCACUGAAAGCAGCCACAAACUUCUCGGUUCAGCGCCUCCCCAGGCAGGCUCCCCACGAGCCCUUCAACGAGAAGCCCGGCGCGCCCUUCUCCUUCUUCGAGAUGGAGCUGCCCGACUGGCUCAUGCCCGCCCUUGGUGCUGAUGCGAAGACAGAUACCUGGGAGAACCGCAGCAUCUUGGACUUCAGCUUGGACUAUCACAUCCUGGCCGGGGCUAUCUUCGGCAUGUCGCUCUUCUACGUGGGCCUCUUCGCCUGA